AUGAACAUGAUUCACCCGAAUGAGCCUGCUGACCUCAGCAGCCCCCCUUCGGAGCCCUCCCCACCCGCUGCCUUCCAGUUUGCCCCUCGUCAUGGGCAUGUGGACUGGGGGCGCAUUAGCGCCCUGGAUGUGGACCGUGUGGUCCAGGAAGUGGACGUGGGCACCCUGCAGGAGCACAUGGGAGACAUCACCCUCACCAACUUUGAGGGAAAAGUCUGUGCUCACUGCGCCCAGCCUGUUGCCCCAGAGCUUCUCAAAGUGCUGCGCCUUUUACAACUCAACAUGGAGUACUUGGACCAUCGGCACACCUGCCAGAGGGCCAUGAGCAGGGGGCUGCAGGCGCAGCUGCAGGCCAGCCUGGCUCAGCAGGAGCAGGCCCAGCAGAAGCUGCAGUGCCAGGCUGCAGAGCUGCAGGCUCUGAAGGAGGAGAAUCUGCUGCAGAGGGAGAAGAUCAACAUCCUUGAGCAGAUUCUCCUCUACAGGGACUCUCAACCCUUCAAUACAUGCACCCUCUGCCAGAAGUCAUUCACUAAUGCCUCUUAUCUAUGGGAGCACAUCCAGAAGAGGCAUCUUUACCUAUCAGAGAACGAGAAUCAACUAAGAAAUGAAAUCAAGGACCUGAAGCAGAGUCUGAAGAAGGCUCAGGAGGAGCUGGAGGCCCAGAAGAAGGAGGCUCAGCGGUGGCAGCAGCAGCAGCGCCAGUGCCAGGUGGGCCUGGAAGGGAAGCUUUGGGUACUGUCACCCUGCACAGCCAGGGCCAUGUGGUGCAAGUGUGUCCCCAGGACCUGCAUCCUGCCUGUCUUCCCACAGUGGGGACUCAGAGCCAGGAGUGGGCAUGUGAUUUCAUCAGUAGGAAAGGGAGAUGCCAUGAAAUGUUAGUCCUGAAUGGCCACAGAUUAGAGAGGCGGUGGAUGUUCCCCACAUCACCCAGCACUCUCGCAGGGAACAAGACUGCUCUAGUUUACAGAGCACUACUAGUGUUUGGAGGAGAAGCAAUGGCUCCUCUCCUGUAAGCUCCAGAAGCAGUCCAGAGGGCACACUCAGUCAGUGUCAACAGAAUGAAAAGAAAGAACGUACCCUGCUCAUUCCUUCAUUGCUUCCCCAUCACACCUUCCUCAGUGUGCAUUUACUGAGCACCAGCUCUGCCAGAACUGGAAGGCUUUGGACUGUGCCAAGUCAGGCAUUCCUGGGGACACCCAGGAAUGUGUGUGUGUGUGUGUGUGUGUGUGUGUGUGUG